ACCAUCAGAGCCUCAACAUGAAAGUCCGUCACACCUUGAUCUGCUUCUUCUUCCUCUCUCUGCAGGAUGGAAACACUGGUCUCACCAAUGCCCAGAUCCCAUCUGUCUAUACAGGAACUGAAGGAGGAGAUAUCACAGUUAGAUGCUCCUUUUCUUCACCUAGAAGCUCGACGUUCUUUUGCAAGAGAGAAUGUAAACGAGAGGACAUCCUCAUUCACACAACUGGUGUCAGAGAUCAGAGAGGCAGAUACAGCAUCAUAAAUGACAGAGGAGGAAAUGUUUUCGUGAGCAUCACACAGCUGACCAAGUCUGACUCAGGACUGUACAAGUGUGGUCUGGGUGGAUCAAACAUUACGUUUGAAAUCAUUGUUGUAGAUGCACUGCUGGAUGGAAAUCCUCCUGAAGAAAAAUCCCUCUAUACAAGAGCUGGAGGAAAUAUUGUAGUUGGAUGCUCCUUUACUUUCUCUGGAAGGGGGAAGUACUUCUGCAAGGAAGAAUGUAAAGAGAAAGACAUUCUUGUUGAAACAACUGGUUACACAGCUGAGAGAGGCAGAUACAGCAUCAGAUAUAUAGAACGAUCUCUGACAGAUGUAUCUGUGUAUGUGAGCAUCACACAGCUGACCGAGUCUGACUCAGGACGGUACAGAUGUGGUCUGGACAGACCUUUAUCACCAGAUCCCUACCAGGAGUUUGAGAUCAUUGUCACAGAUGCGUCAACCACUUCAAAAUCAGAAUCACCUCUACCGGCUUUUUCAACAUCAAACCCAUCAGCCUCCAAACCAACAACAACAACACAGAGUUUAAGCUCUCAGACUGACCAGCGGCAAACUGGGACAGCACCACCUGAAGGUUGGGCCUCCACCUCCACCUCCAUGCUGCUGUAUGCUGUUCUGAUUCCUGUCAUCAUCGUCAUCCUCUCAGUGCUGACACUGAUGAUAAUCUGUAUUCAGAAGAACACAAGACCUGAGGGUUUGCAGACCAGAGGAAAUUCAGAUGGCACAAACAUGGAGCUUGCUCCUUAUGAGAACUGUCCUCCAGUUUCUACAUCUGAAUCCACCUACGAGAGCCUCGAUCCAGCCAGCAGGGAUCAGUACCAAACCUACGCUACACUCGAUCGCCCUCUAUGAGAACUGUCCUCCAGCUUCUACAUCUGAACCCACCUACGAGAGCCUCGAUCCUGCCAGCAGGGAUCAGAACCAGACCUACGCUACACUCGGACACACACAGCACACAUGAUUCUGUUUGUGUCUCACUGAGCACUGCAACUCUGCCAUAUACUCAGGUAUUCAGGUAGAUAGGUAACACUCUCCCAUUCAUCAUAUCAGUACCACAAUAAGAGCUACUGCUAGUAAUUUAUCAAACACUGAAAGUUAGCUUUCUGCUGUCCUAAAGAUGUUUUUUAAAUUACCAAAAAAAUCAAUAAAUCAAAUAAAUCAAAGCAAGGCAGUAAGGAUUGGCCUCAUGACCGAGGACAUGGACCACAACAAAACUCACAACUCAGUACAGAUGUGAUGCCAUAUUUGUCCACCAUGUGGCCAAGGGGGAGCACUUAAGGAGAUGCUUAUGUGAUUUGCAACCAGCGAGCUAGUCAGUAUCACGGAGCCAGUGGUCCAAAUAAAUUAUAGGAACAUUACACAUAUUAAUGUCAUUGUAAAUAUGAUUUCAAUUUAUUUUCCUGCAUUCAGUGUUCAUUUCAGCCUUCAGUCUAGUGUAUGUCAGGUCACUGUUUUGGCUGAUGCCCAGGAUGAUGCUUGCUUAUGCCUACAGAGAGCAAAGGAUGCUGUCUACAGUUCAGUUCAACGGCCACCAGUGUCAUUAAUAACAAGGUUUUCUGAAAGUUACACAGGGAACCUUUAAUAAAAUGCUUGAAAAUAGAAAAACACAAGCAAAUGAAGAAAAAUAUUAAG